CUCGGUCGGUUUCCUGCCGGGCUGCUGCUGCUUUGCGCGCUGCGGGGCCACACUGCGACCGCACCGAGGAGGAAGAGGAGGAAGCCGCGGAGCGAAAAGGGGGGCCAGUCUGAGCCAGAGCGGCGGGAAAAAACCAUAAAACUCAGAGGAGGAGGGUUUGAACGCGCCGUCACCGCGCGGAUAAAAAACACCAGAGAAGAAGAAGCAGCAGCAGAAGGCGGAGACGCGUCACACCGCGCCGCCGCUCCUCCUCGUCUGUCUCCGCUUUCCAGGAGAACCGAAGAAGAAGAAGAGGAAGAGAAGAACCGAGAGGAGGACGAGCAGAGGGGAAUCUUGUUGGGGAAUCUCGGAGCGCAAAACGACGAACGACGCGGUGUUGGACCCCCCCCCCCUCCCCUCCCGGACCAGGGCCGAUUCUCCGUUGUCUAGCAGCCAGCUCGGCGCGGCGAAACCAUGAAGGACCGUACGGCGGAACUGCGAAGUGCUAAGGACAGCGACGAUGAUGAGGAGGUGGUGCAGGUCGACAGGGACCAUUUCAUGGAUGAGUUCUUCGAACAGGUGGAGGAGAUCAGAGGCUGCAUAGAAAAGCUGUCAGAGGAUGUGGAGCAGGUCAAGAAGCAGCACAGCGCCAUCCUGGCCGCACCCAACCCUGACGAAAAGACCAAGCAGGAGUUGGAGGACCUCACAGCUGACAUCAAGAAGACAGCCAAUAAAGUUCGUUCAAAAUUAAAAGCAAUCGAGCAGAGCAUCGAACAGGAGGAGGGUCUCAACAGAUCAUCAGCAGACCUCAGGAUCCGCAAGACACAGCACUCGACGCUGUCACGUAAGUUUGUGGAGGUGAUGACCGAGUACAACACCACGCAGUCCAAGUACCGCGACCGCUGCAAGGACCGCAUCCAGAGACAGCUGGAGAUCACUGGGAGAACCACCACCAACGAGGAGCUAGAGGACAUGUUGGAGAGUGGCAAGCUGGCCAUCUUCACCGAUGAUAUCAAAAUGGACUCUCAAAUGACCAAGCAGGCCCUGAAUGAGAUCGAGACCCGACACACCGAGAUCAUCAAGCUGGAAAACAGCAUCCGUGAGCUGCACGACAUGUUUGUGGACAUGGCCAUGCUGGUGGAGAGCCAGGGAGAGAUGAUUGACAGAAUUGAGUACAACGUGGAGCACUCUGUCGACUACGUGGAACGUGCCGUAUCUGACACCAAGAAGGCCGUCAAAUACCAGAGCCAGGCUCGCAAGAAGAAGAUCAUGAUCAUCAUCUGCUGCGUCAUCCUGGGCGUGGUCCUGGCGUCGACCAUCGGCGGCACACUGGGCUUCUAAGACGCUCCGCCACCUGCCGCUGUGACGACCGACACUGACCAACCGUCCGACCGACAGCCAGCAGAGAAAAGAAACACCAAUGACAACAACAACACAAAAACUUGAAACACAAAUGCAAGACAGAUAACCAAUCAGCUAGGAAGAGAUAACAGUCCAAUUACAGAUAAGAGGAAACACCACGGGGUUGGGUGGGGUUCAAAAAGCAAAGAAAAAAACAAUAAAAUCGCCAUCACAUUAUAGCUGACUUAAAUACAUAACAUAUACAAAAAGAGGAUACAAAUAAAUCUACUAUUUAUUACAGAUGUACAUGUAAAUGUAUGAACAUAUGAAGCAACACAUGGGUUAGCUACCUGUAAAAAAUUAUGACCUAUAAUAUGACAUUUACUUGUUUGUUUGUUUGUUUGACUGUUUUGCCUUUUUUCUUAUUUUUUAACCGUUUCUUUCGUUUUUCGGGAGUCUCCGAGGGCAGUGAUGCUGACUGCCGCUGGGUGCGUUCUGCAGGACCAGCAUUCCAGAGCCAGAGCUUUAUUCGUUUGUUCCUUCCUUACCUUUAUCUCCUGGUAGAGAUUCUGGAGCUGAGCACGCUCUCGAAUGCCACAGGAUACGUUGUAAAUAAAUGUGCUCAGCUUCCCAGUUAAAUGAAGGAAAAAUCUUCUCUAUCGGAACAUUCCGGAACGCUAGAACUCCGCACAAGAACAGAGGGAGGUUCCGGAAUGCCGUCAGUAACCCUGAGAUGUUCCGGUAUGCUGUCCCGCAGGACCAGCACCCUCCGGCUUUGGUAGAACCAACUUUGUCCCCUUGUUCAUGGGUGGGAGGGACCGACCUCACCGUUGGCUCAGCCCACCUCUUUAGACCAUCCCUCAUUGGUUGAUAACUCCUGUCAUUCACCUCAGUCAGCCUUUUAAAUUAGCCCGACCUGCCACACACCAUUUAUAAAAGGAAAGAGCGUGACACCCCGCCCUUUAAGAUGCUUUCACAGCCAGCUGAUUGAUUGGGAAAACACCAUGCGGGGGGGGGGGGGGGGGGGGAUUGUAAUGUGGCAGGUUUCCAAGACAACAACCUCCCCUUCUAGUCACACCUAUCCAACCAAAGAGCAGGGGGAGGGAAGGCCUUUGGUUUUCCUGCUGAAUUCAAUUGGCCAGUGGUAGAACAUGUGAUGUUUGACUGACAGGUGAAUGGUGGGAAAGAGCGGGGCCAGGAGGAGGAGGGUUUAAAGGAGGGUGGGAGGAGACAGACAGUCAAUCUAUGCAGUUUAGAUAAGAGGAAGAAGACUUGUCCUGUGCCCCCUCCCCCACCCCCCAACCCCCCCCACCAAGGUAGCCAAUGAGGAUCAGGGGUUCACCUUACUGCACCAAAAGGCUCAUCACACUGAUCGCUGUAGAAAUAUGGUAGUCGAGGCCGGGUGUCAUCUCCAAGCUGUCAUGACUGUUCUUCCGGAAGAUUCUAAAAAAUGAAGAGAACACAUUAAAAAGUAAAGAAGAAAAGUAAAAUGCAACAUGAUAAAACUUACAAACAAGCCAGACAACAAACCAGAUGCACAGAAAACGUAGAAACACUGAAGGCGCUGGCGUUCCCCGGUGACCUGAGUGUCGCGGUUCUAUUUUUCCUGUUCUGUUUUUAAAGGGAAAUGUUUGUUGCUUCGUUGUUCCGUGGUGCUGCCGUUUUAGUGUGUGCGUGACGUGUCCCGUGACGUAUCGGCCUCCUCAUUUAGUGGUUACUGUUUAGUCUGUAUGGUUUGAUGCAUUUGCCUGUUUGCUCCCUGCAUCCCUCCAUCUCCUCCUGAGAGUGUGUGUGUGUGUGUGUGUGUGUGUGUGUGUGUGUGUGUGUGUGUGUGUGUGUGUGUGUGUGUGUAUGGGGACUGUGAUAUUGAAUCCACACCAUCUGAAUGCCUGAGUUACACAGGUGCUACUGAACAGGAGAAGCUUUUCCUAUUGGUGGGUUUCCUCCGUGGAAGGUGGAACAUGUGACACACACAUUCACAUACAUUCACAACACAGCACACGCAUGAACACCUCAUGUAUAUAUGUAACGCUUCAUACAUACACUAUGGAAAUUUCCCCCUUAAAACACACACUUUUAACUUUCCUGUGUUACACAUCAUGCCAAUGCUAGUGUUAGAGUGUGUCGCUUAGCAUGCUGUAGAGUUAGCUCGUGUUACGUGUAGAUCGUGUAGAAGCUGCUUGUUGGAGACUGAUUGCAAGUUUUCUGGUCUUUUUUUUAAUGUUAAAGACACUUUCCAUGUGUCCAGACCAGUGUUGGGGAAAGAUUUAAGAAAUAAGAUGGAUCGAGUUAAAAGGUCGCUCUUUGACAAAACAUAAUCUUAACAUAAAGAUGCAGUUUCAGAAAAGGCUAGUAAGGUAACUAGCCAGUAAGAUUUUUUUUUGUCAAACUAGUUAAAUUUGAACAGCAGUAAAGCAUUUGGACACAGCAAUACACAGAAAGUAAAUUACAUUUUGUCAUUUUAAAAUGUUGAAUCUGUACAUCAGAUUGCUUUAGCAUUAAGCUAACAGGACUUCUUUUUAGAAAAGAAGAUGCUAAUUUAAAAUAAGCAAAUCAUAACUUGGCAAAAGAAAUAAAGGAUUAGUUAUGACAGUGAUCUGAGUGAUGUGUUCACCUCAACACUACUCCAGAUUGGGAGAACAUACAUGUGCGUUACAUUUCAAGCUGUAUGUUGUAAAAGCAUGUUUUGUUUCAUUGCUGAUAAUGUGGUUCUGUGUUGAGACGUAACACAAAUGUGUGUGUUGCCCCAACCUGGAUACAUGGGUGUGUUGAAAUCUACUACACAGUAUUAUGACUCCCUCCUGCUGUAGUCAGAGGAGCUUUAAGGAGGGAGGUUCCUCUGUGUUCAGGCUCUGUGAUACGGAGGUUCAUCUACUUCUGUUGAGGCCUACACUGGACGAUCCUGCCCCACAGUCACUGUCAGGGUAACAACAACCAUUAAUACCACCUUAAACUCCACACAAUCAGCCUACACUACACUCAAAGCAAUAAAGCCAGUUUGUUAUAGUUCAGUUUCAUUCAACAGGAAAAGUGUUAGCUAACUAGCUUGCUAUGUCUAGAUUCUGACCUGAGUUUAAAAGCUGUAGAGUUGUGAAAUGGACGGAGUUGUUUUGUAAAAGUUUACGCGCAUUUUCUGGCUUCAAAAACUCUCUUUCCAAGUGUGUUAGAAAACGCCUUUGAUAAAAAGUCACUUUGCAACUCUAUUGUUCUGGAAGUUUCCGCUCUGAGAAGAAGCUAGUAUGAUGUGGCGUUUGACAAGUAUCAUUAGCCAGCACCGCAGCCACGACAUGACUAAUGAUACUUAGCAUCAAGUUAGCUGCUUUGUCAUGGCUAACAAUACUUCUGGCUGCCAGGGCAAUGUGUAGACAUGAGGAAGUAGUCGUUGCUAUGUUGUGUUCUUUUGGGAGUCCUAGUAGUUAGCGCUGUUAGCUACGUCUAUAAUGCUAUCUAGUCGAGUUUGGAGAGGAGAGGAGGUGGGAAUUUUUAUUCUAUUCCUUGACUUCCCGAGACCAAAACAUCUGUGUCCACCAAAGCUUAGCAAACAGCCCCAACCCCUCCAAGCAGCGAAGUCCAGUAGAUGUUUGUUCAGAUGAAUUGUCAGUAGAUUUAGAAUAAUUUAGCACUUUUCUCUGCUGUUGUGUUGUCAGUGUUUAUGGCUACAUUCUGUCUUCAUGAGUGGUUUAUAGGUGGUUUUACCAUUUUUAGACUGUAGUGCAAACAUCAAAUCUGUCCACAGAUGGAUUAAAUAUCAAAUAUUGUUCCCUCCUGUAAAUCAAACCCAAAGUAUGCUUAUCUUUACUACAUUUCCCAGGUGUCCUUGGACUAUUUUAGAGCUCUGCUUUAUUUCGGAAAUUUCAGACAUGUAUUUAGGGAAUCGCUAAAUCGGCAAAGCAAAACUGACUUACCUGUUUUCAGAGUCAAUGCGUUUUACUUCCACCAAUCACAGUGAUUUGUUCAUCACUUGCAUCAUAAAGUCAGCCACACAAUAUUUAAUUCAAUUACAUGUUCUUGUUGGUUGAUGGUUGUCAAGGUGACGUCACGGUCGUUGCGGUAGUCUUGCGAUGGUGGUGAUUGCGGUGGAUGAGAAUCAGCGAUGUGAGGAUGCCGUCGUAGCACCAGCCAGCUUGUUAACACUGAUGUUUCUUUGCUGUGUGUGUGUGUGUGUGUGUGUGUGUAUGUGUGUUUUCUGUAAAGUUCCUGUUCCUGUGUGGCAGCCAUCAUCCAUCAGGCCCCGCCUCCAUCCUCCUGGGAAAGAAAACACGGACAAACAUCACAAAACCAUAAAGGCAUUAAGGUUACGGUUGAUGAACCAACUUGAUGAAGCUUAGGAGGUUUGUCCAAGUAUUCGGUCCCCUGUCCUUUUGUCCUCCCUCUUCCCAUUUGUGUUGUUGUAGUUUGACUGUACAAAAAGACGACGUUGAGGAUUGGGCGUCUGCCCCUUCCCUUCCCCAGCAGACCCCACCCAUCCUGUCGUCUGUAAUAAUGAUAAUAAUAAUAAUAAAAAAGGCAUGCAAAAGCGUUGUGGAGUUUGCAUGAUGGUGUUUUUUGUACCCCACCCCCGACCUGCCCUCCAUGUUGUGCACUUUACCGCUCAUCGGACCUGUCUUUGGUUGGCACGUUAGCUGACUACUCGUUCUUACUUAGUCUGCGUUAUUUUUAUUUAUCUAAAAGUUGAACACAUGUUGACAUUACGUGUCGACCUGUGCUUUGUUUGUAACAUAUUGUUGGAGCAGAAACUGGAUUUUUAAAGUGUUUAGUUGAAGGAGUGGGUUGAUGUUUAAACAUGAACGGCUAAAUUUUCAAAUGUGCUGCCAUCGACGUCAGUCGUACAGCUUUCCCCCAACCCCUGAUGUUGACCUCCAAAUCUCCCGCUAGGUCACACCCCACUGUUAUCACCUGAUCUCUGUGCAGAUUUACUUCCACAGUUGCAUUUGUGUUGUGUUUUUGUGGAGGAAUUGUCCCCGCCAACGUUGAUUAUUGUUGUAAGUCUGAAAACCUCAACCUGUGGGCUAAACUCCCGUCACCCCUCUACCCAGCCUUGUGUGUGUGCAGCAUGCCUCCCUUCCUCAUCAGUGACACAAGAUUGGUGCAUAAAUGUGCGAGUGUGUGUGUUUGUUUGUGUCGGAGCAGCACGAGUUUGUUUUGAUGUGCAGAGCAUCCGAUCGUAUAGGUCCACGGGUUGCAGCUGUUUGACAAAUUCCACUUUUUUUUUGAGAAAGGGAAGAGAUUAGAGAUCAGACAUAUUAAUGGACGCCAUGAUCACUGUUAUUGUUAUUAUAUUUAUUAAGAUUCAAACCAAAGCGUUUUUUGCCCUCUCCUCAUGUGUUCUCAAAAUGUUUGCCGCUAAUAUCAAAGAGCACAACGCGAGUCAAGUUUACACAAAGAUGUUCGUCAGAAAUAGUGAAAAAACAUAAUUAAAAAAACAUCAAAUGCUACCAUAAGUAUAAAGACAAAAGCCCCCCCCCCUCCAGAAAAAACACGCCAACCACCAGCCCUCACUGCAUGUUGGUCUGUCCACCAAUCAAACCGACAAACCUUUCCAAUAGUUAUCUCAUGCCACAACAACGAUGUCUGCCUCCACCCCCCUUUCCUUUCCUUUCCACCUGUAGAUGUUAGUUUGUGGUCUGAUUAGUGGAAAAAUAUGACGCAUAAUCAUCUGUGAAAUAAAUUAGCAUAUGUACGCUUGUCCUCCACUUGAGGCAUAUACGGAGACAAUGGUGGUGCUUUCUUAUUCUAUUUAUUAAUUGCUGUUAUUCUUGUUAUUUUGGUGUCAUUAUUUUAUGUACAGCUUGUUUACCAGUCUGUGUGUUCACGUUACAGGAGCAGUGCUCAGCUGCAGGUCUGAAGGUUUUGCUAGCUAGUUAGUCACAAAGUUUCAUGGCUGAUGGGUCAAAGCCAAACAACCAACCAAAGCCUCUUCUCCUGCAACUCCCCUCCACAGUCCCAAAAAUAACAGUCAGGCAAAUUACGAUGAAGCAGCGCUAGCUAACAAUGCUUUGUGGUAAUUCUCCUCAUUAUGAUCAUCAUGACUGCAAGUCACUGCUCAAUUAUUUUCUGCUGUUUGACUCUUUACCUCUGCUGCACCAAACUGUACACACAACCAUACACUUGACAAAAAUGUAUAUUAAAUCUGGAAAUUCAAAGAAAAAGAUAGCUGGCUAGCUGUUAACAGCUAUGUAGGGGCAAGUUAUGCGACCCUUUGUAUUUAUUCACUUCUCCAUGUUAGUUCCAAUGUCACUAGACUGAGCCGUCAAUGAGCACAAUUCUAAUUACAUCAAUAAUUGGAGAUGUUGGUGGUGAUUCAGAGGUUUGACACAAAGCUAGGAAAUUGGCACUUCCUGUAGAUGUUAUAAUUAUAUGAUUGUGCUUCCAAAUUGUUGUUGUGUAUACACAAUAGAGAUAAUGAAUCUUUUACUGUGACUGAGAAAAAAUUGAGGAGUGACAAACCACUGUCACCUAGAGUCCAGUACUUGCUAGUUAGCUAACUAGCUAGCACCACUAAACCUACAGUGAGCAUUUCCCUGUGCGUGACAAAGGACUGCAGCCUUGUCAAUGAAGUCACAUAUAUAGGCAAGAAUAUAUAUAAAUCUUGCAUCAACAUACUGCGUAGCCAUUACUGCUUCUAUUGGCUGUGUACAGUUUCUGUCAGAGCGGGGUACGGAAAGCAGGAAAAAAUCAUCCGCAGAGAGUUUGGGUGCGACACCAAGACUCCAAAGAUUGACUUACCAUUAGCUGUUAGCCAUUAGCCUGCGUGUGGAAGUAACUUAGUGUGUUGUUUCACACACGUACUGAAACUGACUCAUAGUUCCUGUAGUUCUUGGGUCACAAAUGUGUGUGGACGCAACACGCUCCGCAGUUAUUUCUGCAGAUGAGUUUUUCAAUGUGAACCAGCAGCACGACGUCUGCAGACAGGUGUCUGUCUUCCAAGUUUGUACGCAACAGACACCAAGUUCAGAGACUGUGAGGGACUCAAGUCGGUCACGCUCUUUUGUUCCUCCACUGUCGGACGAUUAAACUCUUCUCUACGAUGAUUUUUGUCUUCCUGAAACAAUUUUCAAAAACCAAAACCUGUUCAGUGCCCUGCUCUGGAUGAUGAUAAAAUGAAAACGUAUGUUGUGGCUUCGAUCUGCUCUUGUCAGCAGUAGCAGCUGCGACUUGAUAUUACUUGUUGUUUCUGAUGAUUUAUUUGAUGCUCCACCCAUAUGUCUUUCUGCACUCUCAUCGUACGAGACAGUAUUUGGUUGUAUCAGUGUUUUUUUUCCCUAGUGGGAGGGGUGGGAGGGGUCAGGGGAGGGUCCAUGAAGAUAGACCACACCCACAUGGUCUCCGCCAUAGCAAGUAGGAAAGACACUUAAAUAACAUUGUUAUUAUCAUUAUUAUUGUUAUUAUUAUUAUUAUUAUUAUUAUUAUUACCAUAAAUGACAAAUAAAAUGCAGUAAAAUAUUUGCAAAAACCCAGAUGGAGAACGAACGGCUUCACACAAAGUGAUCAAACAUAAAAACUUUUAAAAAGGGAGGUUAUGACGAUUCUAUAAUAGCAAUGAUUUAAAGAAGUACAAAGGAGUUAUGUUAUCAUAAAUAAUAGUAAUAUUGAAUAUGAAUGCUCGCAAUUUUGUCAAACUGAAACUGGAUUCUUUGUGUUAUGUAAUUAUUGUAAAUAAUUCAAAGAGAGAAAAAAUGACUUGCAUGUCUAUGUAUAAAUCUACUGAGAUAUCUAUUCCCGUCAAAGUUGACAAGUAGUUCGAUCUCUGUCCUUUUUUGCCACUUUCGCUUAUCCCCUAAAGUAUGUCACCCGUCCUCACCUCCACCCCCCCACCCUCCCAUCGCCACCGUCUUUAUUCUUUCUACGUGGCCGAGACAACAACAGAGAGAAAGAGAAACAUAGCUUCCAGCGUCCUCGUCCGCCAUGCUCAGUUCAGACGCUGUGUUUACACCAGCCUGCUGAAAUCCUGACUUCACACAUGUAGAAAGAAAAGAGGUAUAAUGGUGUUUCACUGGUAGUACAUCCACUGGAGGGCAGUGUUGUACCUUUUUUUGUGACUCCAGUCUGUUCGUUUCGGUCAAAAAGACGAAUCCACAACGGAAACAAAAAGACCUCAAGUUUCGGGGCUAUGGUGUAAACACAGCCACAACCACACCUGCAUCCAUCACCCCAGUUCCGGAGGCUCCGCCCACUGGUUCCUCUGAUGAAAGUGCUUCCCUCCAUAUAAGGAAAAUUAACCCCGUCUCCAGGGCUUUCCAGGCCACACCCCCCUGAUCACUUCAUAAGCCCUGUUAGCGGUUUCCGAACUCUCUUUCUCUCUCUCUCUCUGUUUGACUCUAUGUCUCUCAACCACAGCUAGCUAGCCAAACUACACACCUAAAACUCUGCCUCUUUGCCUGCCUGUUUUCCCCAGAGUUUAGGCUGAACCCCGGCCAUAAAGACACAGUUAGUAGCCACAUAAGGAGAAGUAACAUCAACAGACUGGCAUAAGCAGCUUUCACUCAUUUAAGUAUCAUGACAAAGACGUGUCGUGGUGGCGGCUGCUUAUACUUUUCAAGGUUCCCUGCAACUAAAUGAUCCUUAUGUGCGAUUAGUGGAUGACUUUAGUUUUGUUCUAAGCUUUUCAAUAAAAACCAUCAAUCAGCUGUAAGAACAGAAGAUCUGAAUUCAAAUCACUAUUGUCCUCGGUCGUCAUUUUAACAGCUGGAACAGUUCGAGUUCUGUUUCCCUCAAGUGUCUUAAGGUUAAUAUGAUCUUAGUCCCAUUGUGUUUCUCUGGGCUACCAUGAUCAGCCUUUUGGAAAACGGGCACAGACCAGUUUUAAAAUCUGAUCCUGUGUUUGUGCAUCCGCUCAGUCCUCCCGUCAUACCUCAAAGUGCCACCUCAGUCUUCCUUCUACGUGGCUGUAUCCAUUGUUUGCCAGGUUCCUAGAGGAGGUCUUGGUUUCAGUUUCUCAAAAGCAUUGAAGCACAAGAGAUCGCUCGAAGGUCAAACAGAAAAGUGGAUCUCAAAAUCUCAAAUUCUUUGUGGCAGAUCAGUUUGAAGCUCCUCGUGUCGCUCUGAAAAGGAAACAAUCUUACAGUUCUUACCUGGUCAGGGCGCCAAGAGUAGCUCAGGUUUAUGCCGAGGAUGUUUAGUCCAAGUGCAGCUUCGAUGGGUUUGAGGAACACGGUCCUCCCAGAGUCGCCACUUACUUUUGGGCUCAGUCUCUAGCCUCACACAGGCCUACCGUAACAAAGCGUGCAAUAUACAGAGAAACAAGGGCUUUCCUCAUCAUGCAGAGGCGUCUAGGCCGACAAGCUCAGACCUCCUGGAGGAACACCGCUGACAAGAUCAACAAAAUUAACACGGGACCUUAUGCAGCGUCCCGGAGGAAUUAACCUCUUUGCUCACAAAUAAAGAUCGGAGCUAUCUCGGGGGAAAAUGGCAGCGACAGAGAUGUGAGGUAAAAAACAAAAUUUCCAAAAUUGAAACAACAACAAAUCAAAAAGAGGACAGGGCCAUCGCUAUUUAGAAGCAACUUUGACUGGAAAUGCAACUUGUGUCCCGUUUUUUUUGUGUGUGUGUAUGUGUGCGUAGCGUAAUGUAAAAGCGAUCUGUCCCCCCCCACCCUGCCCUCCCCCUCUAAAAGAAACACCCUCCCCCUCCUGACCCCUCCUCCUGACCCUCCAAACCCGCCCCCCCCCCCCUCUCUCGUACUGCUGUUGGCUGUUCUGUUUAGUUCAUGUGACGUGCCAGUAUUCCCCCCCCUUUACCCAUUUUCCUCCCCCUCUCCCCCCUACAGCCCAGCCCUCUUCCACUCUCUUGCUCUCUCUCUACUCCUCCCCCCUCUCUCUCUCUUCAUGGAUCUUUAAGAUGACAACUCUAUGCAGAUGCUGUCUUUUAUAAGUGUGUCAAAAUUUUAAUUUAAAAUAAAAACUUAAAAAAAACAAACCCUGACAGACAUAUUGAAAUGAUAACAAAAAAAUGAAUAAAGAAAAGGAUUGUUCAGUGUA